GAAUGUUUUUGUUAGUCGCUGUCAGUUAUUGUGAUCGUUUAGAGGCGCACAAAUGUUAUUAAUCACUUUUGCAUGAAGUUAGCUUGCUACACCGGUUGCGUUACGUGUUUUGGACUCAAUUCGCGAAACUCGUUCCGCCUGUCGUGUCGUCGAGUUUUGCUCCAGUUUGUCGCGAGUUCAAAGUUUGCGCGCGUAUAUUAGCCGUCUCUGUCUCCCAUCGGAAGACCGGGAUCCAGCGCGCGGUCAACGCCAACUUUGUUCCCAGUGGAUGAUAUGGUUGCUAUGGUUGAAUAUUAUUCUCAACGGUGGACAAUGAAGCCCUUAUGAUUGCGGCCGUUUGUCUCUUGAACUGUUAUUGUUCGCACUCGAGUGUGAAUGUGAUGUGUGACAUCGGCUCUCAUGGGCUCAUUUGUUGAAUUUACGAGCACAUUUCCCCCUUCGGAGCAAUUGGUGGUGAUUUAAGUUGAUAGCGUUCAUUGUCAUCAACGGAUAGCAGUUUAUGGUCGCAUUCAUAUUGUCGCCUCCUCUAUCGUAACUGUGUUCGCUUUCGUGCAUCAAACGGCUGUGGAAAAUAGUUACGAGAAUAGUUAUGAAUGAAUUAAGUAUAAGUUAUUACCGUUCACAAUCCAGUUGCAGUAUAACAUGAAAAAUAAAGCAGCGAAAAUUGCUCAGUGGAAAAAAUGUAGACAACAUAAAAUAAUGGAUUAAUUUACAUAACUUCAACUAAAUGUGGAUUUAUUGCGUCUAAAUGGAUAUAAAUCUAGCUCAGGGGAUUAUAAUUCAGUGAUUUAUGUAGUUUUUAUUCUGUGUUUCGCUUUGUUUUCGAAGCUACCUCACUCUUACAUUCACGCUGGAUACCGACCUGAAUACAAUGAGAAAAAAACCGACAUCCAGUGGAAAAUAUUACUCUCCGCAAUGUGAAUAAAAUUAUGGCCGUGAUUACUGCUACGGAUAAAUUUAUGUAUUUUUCCUCGGGCCAGAGAGCACAGUGAUUUCAUGUUUUUGUUUCUCUCGUUGCAUAUCAUAUAACGUUGCGUGUGAUAAUUUCGACCCGUCAAUUCAUUGCGCGCCCUAUUAUGGAAGUUAUGUGCAACAGUAAUUGAUGUGGGUAUGUGUCAUGAAGUACGAGAUAAUAAAUGCCGAAGUGAAAGCAAAAGUGACAAAUAAACAACAACAGCAGAAGUAAAAGAAAACCAGAGUUUUAUUGCAGAGUGUUUUAUGAAGUUUGCUUCAACUAUUUGUAUGGUGUAACAUGUUUACACUUGGAGCUUGAUAAGCGGAUUAAUUAUAAUUUCACGUCAAACAACUGCCGUGGAAAGGAAAGCUGUUUUACUGAGUGAGCCGAAGCAGAUUCCAGAGGAAAAGAACCAGUGUGUGAACCAGAUUGCAGUUACCAAAGUGAAGAAAUCUAAUCUGGCGCCACGACACGCCAUCCGCUGCUGUUGAUUGAGAUACUGAUAAGCGGAAAACAAUUCGACAUAACAACCGCCAUAAUGCUGACCUCCAGUAAUCAAUACAUUCGACCGGAAUACUUAUCCCCACUUCCCACUACGUUUGACUCCAAAUCCAGCCCAUUGGCCCUGCUGGCACAAACAUGCAGCGCAAUAGGUUCAGAUUCGCCGAACCCAAAACUUCUAGCGAACAUAGAAAAAAGUACAAAAAGCAAUCGUGACAAGCUAUCACCCGGUACGCUGUCAAGUGGUUCGUCAAGCGAUACUCCAAAGUCGAGUUUCAAGCCAUAUGAGCCGUCCGUGCUAACCCGCGAGCACACUAAAUCUCCGGAUGAUGGUCGCCAUGUCGGUGCGAGAAACAAAUCUCCAAAGCGAACCAACCAUGCACCGACUCAUCAAUCCCAGAACGGGCGCUGUGAAUCCAACCAAAGUGCUGCUUCAUCCCGAGCUUCUCCUUCAAGUCACAACCGAAAAACUCCUGGCAGUUCUCAACUCCAGCUGGAGCGUACAAACAGCCCAAAUCGUGCCUCAUCCAAAGAUUCUCCAAAUACGUUACAAAGCAGUGCGACAGAACCUGUAACAUCCAAAGCGUCCACGGAGUCUAUAGGCAAAAAUUAUAGCAGUAGUAGUGAGAGUAUUGUUAGAGCAUCAUCUUCCGCUCCUUCAUCGACGACGGUUGGACCUCCAUACUACUCCAGUUACGGUAGUUACCCAAUGGAUCUUAUGACAGCUAGUGCGCUAAUGUCACCACACCACCAAAUGUUCAAAGCAGCUGCCAUGAAUCCAUACUUCAAUUACGCCAAACUGAAAAUGCAUGGAGCUACCGAUUCGAUGAUUCCAGUUUGUCGCGAUCCCUAUUGUACUGGAUGUGCCUUAAGCUCUCACAUGCUAGGAAAACUCGGUUCGUCCGGUUGUCCAGCAGGCUGUACCCAAUGUGAUCAUCCUGGAAGCAAAACUUUCUCACAAGCUGCUGCAGCGGCGUCUCUAGCUGCUAGUCAGUCCUCAGCUGCCAUGUACGCCCAUGCUCAGCUCGCUGCUCUUGCGGCAGCAUCUCAACUGCCCUACGUGUGUAACUGGAUAGGAAGCGAUUCAUCAUACUGCGGUAAACGAUUCGCAGCAUCCGAAGAACUGUUUCAACACCUGAGAACUCAACAUGCUGCUGGAGUGUCUAUGUCAGAAGCUCUGCUGAACCCAGCCACAGCAGCGGCAGCAGCUGCGGGACUCCCACCGACACACCCUCUAUUCCAAAGAACCUAUCCAACGCCUCCGCUAAGUCCAAUGUCUACUGCCCGCUAUCAUCCCUAUGGCAAACCACCUCUCCUUCCUCCUGGAAUGUCCGCAGCAUCCCUUGGCGGUAUUCCAAUGCCACCGCACCCCUCUCUAGCGCAGUAUUUUCCACCGUACUCUUUCUAUGGGGCGCGACUAAACGGGUCUAAUAAUAUGCAUCCUUGAAUAGAUGUACAUUACAACAUUUUUGUUUAGUUUGUAAAUAGUUUAUCGUUUUAUUUGAUGAAAUGUUAGUUGCCGAACAAAAUUUUAAUGUCAUGAAAUGGUACUUUGUCAAACUCUAGGCACUUUAUUGCAAUAUUUCAGAGAAUGGAAAAAUAAAAUAUUUUCUUGGAA